CUUUCCAUCAACACUCCCGUCAUACAGUACAGCAGAGUCCCAAAGAAGUCGUCAUGGCCAGCGUCAAGGCCGUCGUCGCUGCGGCUCUCCUUACAAGUGCUGCCGCAUGGGACCAACAGCCUCUACUUGCCACGAACGGCAAGAAACUCGUCGACAGUGAGGAGCUCCAGUCUGCCAUCACUGCCGAGAAGCUGCACGCUCGUGCUGAAGACCUCUUCAAGCUGGCUGAGCUGUCUUGGCACGAGUAUAACCGGCCUACCAGAGUCAUCGGAAGUGCAGGCCACGAGGCUACUCUCGAUUACAUCUGGGCUACCAUUGCUCAGCUCGGGGACUACUACAACCUGACAGAGCAGCAGUUCCCAGCCUACUCCGGUUCUGUCGCGGAGUCGCGUCUGGUACUGGGAGAUGAAGUCAUUGCCAAUGCCUCUGCCAUGAGCCUCACGCCGCCCACCAAGGAUAAAGAGCCUGUGCAUGGCGAUCUUGUCCUGGUGGCCAAUAAUGGCUGCUCCGCCUCGGAUUACCCAGCAGCGGCCAAGAACAACAUUGCUUUCAUCAAACGUGGCACAUGUUCCUUUGGCGACAAGUCGUUGCAGGCAGGUUUGGCUGGCGCUGCCGCAGCUGUCAUCUACAACAGCGAGAAUGGUACUCUUCAUGGCACCAUGGGCACACCCAACCCCAACCACAUCGCCACUUUUGGCAUCUCGCUCGAGGAGGCAACACCAACCCUCGAUAAGCUCAACUCUGGCAAGACAGUCGAUGCCAUUGCCUACAUUGAUGCCGUGGUCAGCACCAUCCACACCCUCAACAUCGUCGCGCAGACCACCGCAGGCGACCCUGAGAACUGCGUGAUGCUUGGCGCCCACUCCGACUCUGUACCCGAAGGACCCGGCAUCAAUGACGAUGGUUCAGGCACCCUCUCUCUCCUCGAAGUUGCCACUGCGCUGACCAACUUCACCGUGAACAACUGUGUUCGCUUCGCGUGGUGGGCGGCCGAGGAAGAAGGCCUCAUUGGCUCCGACUUCUACGCUGCCAGCCUUCCCAAAGAAGAGAACCAGAAAGUGCGACUUUUCAUGGACUAUGAUAUGAUGGGAUCUCCCAACUUCGCUUACCAGAUCUACAAUGCCACGAAUCUCGACAGCCCUGUGGGCAGCGAAGAGCUGCGCGACUUGUACGUUGAUUGGUAUGAGAAGCAUGACUUGAACUACACUUUCAUUCCCUUCGACGGUCGAUCCGACUAUGACGGUUUCAUUCGCGCUGGUAUCCCAGCCGGAGGAAUUGCUACUGGCGCCGAAGGCAUCAAAAGUAAGGAGGAAGCGAAGGUGUUUGGCGGAAAAGCAGGAGACUGGUACGAUCCUUGCUAUCACCAGCUGUGUGACAAUGUGGGAAAUGUGAAUAUGACUGCGUGGGAAGUCAACACCAAGCUGAUCGCUCACUCGGUUGCUACUUACGCUAUCAGCUUCAAAGGGUUCCCGGAGCGGACUGCUGUGGAUGCGCUGGCCGAGAGUGUCUAUGCGAAGAACACCAAGUAUCACGGAAGUAAGCUGUUCAUCUAAGCAGCUCAAUAGAGGCAUGAUCUACCAGCAACCCCAGAAGAGCAUGCUCCCUAAAAGCGGCAUCGAAUAGACGGAUGCAGGUCACCAUAAUCCCUGCCGGAAGAUAAGCACUCCAGGCGUGUUUUUGUAAUGCUUGUAGACCCAGGAGGACCAUCUGACUGGUCCUGCACCUUCAACAACUGCUGCAUUAGGGAACUCAGCCACCCACCUACCCACCGUAUCUAUAGUCAGCGUUGGCGAGUCUGUGGCAGCAGGCGACAAGCCCGUUUUCGGUGCGAUGAGUGCAUAUGCCCACUCGCGCUAGCAUGGACUCCAGAGCUACCUGCGACCCAGUAGGGAACUCAACAACAUACCGGCACAUGUGGUCUGGUCUCGUCGCACUCUGGGCUCAUGGGAAGCAACCCCGUCAUCUGCUUCGCUUGACAGCAAGGUCGUUUACACUUCCUUUCUCCUGCGUCGGAGGGCAUGCGAGGCAGGGUAGGUAGGUAGUAUCGGAAAGCCAAUGUAUGAGGCUAGGUCGUCCGAAGCACUCACUCAUGAUACCUCAUAAAGACGUGAAAUGCCCUUCUCUCGAUCGUAAUUGCG